AUGAUGAUGAUGGACUAUCCAGGAGAACAGAUGAUGAUCAUGGACCAUAAGAUGACAGAAGACAUGGAUCACUGUCGACUAGCAGUGCUGGAGUCACGGGAACAUGAUGACAGACAGCAUGUCCCACUAUCUCCCAGGAGUGCACAUGAUGAUCACAGGCCAUCUAGGAGAACACAUGAAUAUCAUGGACCAGAAGAUGAUAGAAGACAUGAAUCACUGUCAACCAGCAGUGCUGCCGGUGAUCAAGGACAACAUAUUGCCACGCUGUCCCCCAGAAGAGCAGAAGCUCUUCAGGUGAUUGGUGGAAGCGUGACAGUGGUUCAAGGAGGUACCGCUAUUUUAUCGUGCCAUGUCAUUGAUACCAAUGAUGACCUGACACAGAUUACCUGGCAGAGGAGGACGAGAGAAAAACCUCACAAUGACAAUUUCCUAACUAUCUUACCCAGAGAAGGACCACAGUUUGUCAAUGGAGGUGAUGAUCGAUUUAAAUAUAUCGGGAAUUUUAAUCAAAAAAAUGGAACUCUCCAGUUAGCUGAUGUUACUCUGAAGGAUGAAGGCAGCUACACGUGCAUCUUCACGUUGUUUCCCAGUGGAAAUCAGAAGACUGAGAUACCUCUAAUAGUGAUUGUGCCUCCUUUCACAAACAUCAAGGACAAUCUUCCCACUUUGGGCAAAGAAGAGGUUUUAUUUGCUACCUGCACGGCUGCUGGAUCGAAGCCUCCUGCAGAGGUGAGGUGGCUCACUGGUGCUUUGAGAGACAAAGUGAGGACGACAACAAACUCCACACAGUAUGACAACGAUACAACUACCACAGUCAGCUCUCUGUUUGGUGUUCCUACGAGAGAGAUUAACGGUCACCAGGUCCAGUGUGUCAUCAGCAGUGACGCAAUGUCUAAAGAAGAAACCCUGCCCUUCAGCAUACAGGUCUACUUCUCUCCCACAGAAGUGAACAUUAGAGAAAUUUCAGAGAACUCAUUUGAGUGUGUGACAGAAGCCAACCCAAGCGCAAACUUUACCUGGAGCAGAUCUGGCCAGUCGUUGCUGCAGUCUGCUGUCAAAGUAGAGGGUGCAAAGCUACAACUGCUGAGUCGGACCUCUGAUCUAAAUGGCCUCUAUCAGUGUGACGCAUCUAAUGCAUAUGGAAGAAAACACGCUCAGCUGUAUGUGCAUGUGGCAUCAGGAACAUGCUCGGCUGCUUGGGCCUCAUUUGCAGUUUUCUUCUCCUGAAUGUCAU